CGUCACCGGAAGUGAGGCCGCGGAUAUAGUAAAACCCGCUGGGAGCGAGGCGGCUGAGCCCUGUAAGCUGGCUGGUGGCAUGGCAGACGAGGAGGAAGAUCCUACCUUUGAGGAAGAAAGUGAAGAAAUUGGAGGAGGUGCAGAAGGUGGACAGGGUAAAAGGAAGAGACUUUUUUCUAAAGAAUUGCGAUGUAUGAUGUAUGGGUUUGGGGAUGACCAGAAUCCUUAUACUGAGUCAGUGGAUAUUCUUGAAGACCUUGUCAUAGAGUUCAUCACUGAAAUGACUCACAAGGCAAUGUCAAUCGGAAGACAAGGUCGGGUACAAGUUGAAGAUAUCGUCUUCUUGAUUCGAAAGGACCCAAGGAAGUUUGCUAGGGUUAAAGACUUGCUUACUAUGAAUGAAGAAUUGAAACGAGCUAGAAAAGCAUUUGAUGAGGCAAACUAUGGAUCUUGACACCUUUUGUACUUUCUGAAGCUUCAUUAUCUUCUGGGGAAAGCAUAUAUAAUAACUGUAUAUUUUCCACUGUAAGGUCUCUAUAUCUAGCCAUGAAGGUGAAGGAUGGAGGAACACAAAGUUUUCCAUUUUUUUUUUUUUCAUGUCUUCAAUUUUAGAGUGAUAUUUGAGCCUUGAAUUGUCUGCCAUUAUACUACUAUACUUGAAUUACUUACUGGGUUUUAAUGACCACAUGUAAGUUGAAGUACCUUGCAAACCAUGCAGUUCCUUCUGACUUUUGACUGUCUAAAUGAUGAAGUAGUAUUUAUGUAUUAGGUAUUUGUGCCAUUAGGUGUAGGCUAUACUGUAGCUGUUUAAUAUAUGAAAUCUAAAGGGCACCUUCGACUAUGAUAGCUAAGACGUGUUUCAUGUCUUCUAAAGUUUUUAGACUAUAGUAGUCUAAGAGAUUAUUAAAAGAUAGUGAGCUGGUUUGCUUUUUUUUAGGGAGAAGAUACAAAAAAAAUACAGUCUUUUGUAGGAGUGUUUAUAGUAGUCUAGGAGGUUAUUAAAAGAUAGUGAACUGGUUUGUGUUUUUUUAGGGAGAAGAUACAAGAAAAUACAGUCUUUUGUAGGAAUGUUUAUCUGUCUUGAGAUAUUUGUUGUUUAAUAUUCUUUUCUUUAGAUAACAAGAAUGUUGGCUUUUUUUUAACUAAAAGUUUCAUGUGAAUUCUUCCGUAUUGGAAGGCUUUUUUGAUUUAAAACCUUUUGAGCUUAUAAUAUACUAGUUGUCAAGUUUUAAGAGAACUCAUUUUCCCAGGUUAGAUUAAAGCGUCUAAAAAUAAAUGUUUUCAGUAACAGGAAGGUAUUGCUUAAAAAGCUGAUGGCAGGAUAAGCAUUUAGGAUAGUGUUUUAUUAACAUACUUGUUAGUACUUGUUCAUUGUGGAAAUGUGUACUUGACUAAAACCAUGUAUGGUUGUGGAAACCACUUUUGUAGUUCAGGAUAUACAAGUUUUGUGUGCGUUCAGCUUAUUGUAUUAAAUUAUUGCACUUAGUUUAAAAUAAGGAUUAAAACUGCAUUUAAUGGGAUCACUGAAUAUUACUCUGUGAAACAAUGUUUUGUGUGCUGCUUGUAACAUUAUCUAUAAAUCAAUAUGUAAGAGAAUUUUGCUUUCUUAACCUGUUGAUACAAGGAAUAAAGUCAAAAGUUAAAAGGAUGAACACAUGAA